UACCUGAGCACAGCAGGCCCUUCAUUUACCCGGAGUGUUUGUGACAGCCUGUGAUUGGCCGGCUGUGAUCACGUGAUCCCUGCUGCACGGGCUGAAGUCCUGCACUGGACACACUCGGUCAAAUGUAGGAGAAAAGUCCCCGGCGAGAUAAAGAAAAUGUCAGUAAGUCGCCUGGGAAGGCUGGGGCAGCGGUCCAGUGUCCUGUUUCUAUGCGACAUGCAGGAGAAGUUCCGAAAUAACGUAACCUUUUUCAAUCAGAUUGUGUCUGUGGCGGCACGAGUACUCCAGACUGCGAAGAUAUUGGAAAUCCCAGUCGUUGUCACCGAGCAGUACCCCAAAGGCCUUGGUCUCACUGUGCCCGAACUUGGAGCUGAUGGUAUCAAAAAAUAUUCUAAGACGUGUUUCAGUAUGCUGACUCCAGACGUGGAGAAGGAGCUCCAGUCCAUCCCUGAGCGGCAGUCUGUUAUAUUAUGUGGCAUCGAGACCCAUGCGUGCAUCAUGAGCACCACACUGGACCUGCUCAAUAAAGGCUUCAAUGUCCAUGUUGUAGCUGAUGCUUGUUCUUCCCGAAGUCAGGUAGACCGCCUAGUAGCUCUUUCCAGAAUGAAGCAGAGUGGAGCGUUUCUAACCACCGGUGAAGGAGUCAUCUUACAGUUACUACAGGAUGCGGCUCAUCCGAAAUUCAGAGAGGUCCAGAAGAUUAUUAAGGAUCCUGCUCCUGACAGUGGACUUGUGGCCCUGUUUCACAGCCAGAAUCCCCUCUUUACAUGAAGAUGUCCAUGUUGUUGCCAGUUGUUUCAGAGAACAAUGUGAAUGUA